AUGGGAUGUGGUGCUUCUAAAUCAUAAUUAGAAAGAAUGAAGAGUUAUGUAAAUUGUAUCAAUAAAUUUAGAAAUAAAAAUUAGAAGAAUUAGAAUAAAUAAAUGGUUAAUUAGCUAAAUAAAUAGCAGAUUUGAGAGAUGUUAAAAAUAAGAGAAAACCAAUAUAUAUCAUAAAAGAUUAGGAGGUAUAAGGAAUCUUAAUGAUUUUGAGAGGUGGAAGAAUUAACAAGUUAUAAGGAAGAACUUGAACGUAAGUUUUAGGUGAUUGAAAAAGAAAUUUUAAAGGUCAAUAAACAAUUACAAAUAUAAGCAAAGGCAGAACCAAAGAAAAAAAGGAAAACUACUAAACCUAUUGAUAUAGAUGAUAUAGCAGACGAAGAGGAAUGGAAAAAAGUUUGUUAAUUUAUAUCUAAAAUAGAAUAUGAUGAAUGAUGAUGAUAUCACUAUAAAACCUUUUGAUGAUGCUCAACUUGAAAUAGAAUCAGAUAAUAUUGGAAAGAAAGAUAUUAAUAAGAGCUCUUAAAGUAAACUUACAAAUUUAAGUAGGUAACAUUUUGAUUAUGGAUUCUUAACAAAAUAUUAAAAAAUAAAUAGCAAAUGCUGAUGAAAUUAAUAAUUAAGAAUAAUAAUUUCAAUUUGACAGUAAAAAAAUUAUUAUAUAAAAUGAUUAAAAUAAUAAUGAUGAAUAAUCAAAGCACUAAUAAUAAGAUUUAUAUAAAAUCAAAGUUAGUAUCUAAGAAGCAUUAGGAGAAGACUUAUAAGCAUAUAAUGAUGAAAUCAAAAACAAAUUAUUUUCUUAAGACUUAAGUAGUCAACCCUAAUAAUAAACAUUAAAAAACAGUGAAAUUGAAAUAUGUUUUAAUGAGUAAUCCUUAGAGUAAAUUGCUUAAAGUCCUGAAAAAAACAUUACUACGGUACCUAAAAAGAGUAAAUCAAGUUAAGCACAAACUUAGAUUUAGGUUUAAAAUUAAUAAUAGUAGAAAGCAGAAAAAUAAUUAUACUUCUCCAAAUAACGUCCUUCUGGUAAUAAUUAACAAAGAAAUACAAAAUAAAAAUACCAAAUAUGA